AGAGUUUUUUUGGAAAUUAUAGCAUCUCGCUAUUGAGUGGGAAUGGUAUGUGCUGUUUAUUGGGAAGAAAGACAUUUGUAUUCGCUCUGUGGAUUAUUUUGGAUUAAGAUAAAAGACAAGAUAUUUUUAUUAUUGGACUGGUAGGAAAUAACUUUCAUAAAACUAAUAGUGAAAUGUCAACAAAGAUAACCAAAAGUUCAAUGAGAGGAAACUGUAAUAUCAUCAAUAUUUCUUUUUCGUUAUCUAGCGAUAUCACGGCAACCUAUAUGGAUACAUAAAAAUGCUCAUGCUGGCAGAGAAAAUGUAAAAAUGAAACUGUUAUGAUCAAUCUCAUUUAGUUAACACAUUUAUUUGAAGAUUAAUUGAUAUUUUAUUUAUAGCAAUAAGGCAUCAAAAUAAUGACUAUUAUAGAUAUAUUGAAAGCGCUUGGACUGGCUGUGACAAUAGUUAUACUUCUGGUCGGUGCCAUUAGCGUCUUCGCAAGACUGCGGAAACUUGAAAAUAUGGAUCCAAGCUUUAAACAAAUUGUCAAAUACCUGCUAGUAGCUGGACUGAUUAGCGACACAAUGUGCUUGCUUAAUUUACUACUUUCAGCAGCAUCAGGAGGCUGGCCACUAGGAUUUGUGACUUGCGAAAUUUGGGGAUUUGUGUCAACAACGAUGCUUGCAUUUUCUGCAUGGCUGAUAACAAUGGCAGUAGUUGAGAGAUACAUGGCUAUAUUAUCUCCGUCAGAAGUACCAUCAGCAUUUUCACAGAGAAAUACACGCAUUAUCUCCGUAGGAAUUAUCUUCCUGAUCAUGAUGGCAGCCACAGGACCGUUCUAUGGUUUUGGAGAAUAUACUUAUCUUAGAGGUUAUUUGACUGCGCUAGUUUCAACAAAUAUAUCGCUGCCUCUGACUUUAAAUCAGAGGGAACACACUGCUGACGUAAAACUCCAGAACCUACAUGAACUUUUUAGUCAUUUGAAACGGUCUUCCUACACCUCUCCAAGUACAGAUAUGCUCUCUUUGGUUGCUCUUCAUAUACACAAAAACUAUGACGUCAUCGUGAGCAAAGCACAAUGGCUGUCACACGGAAUAUUGUUCUAUUUAAGAGCUAUUUCGUCCAAUUCUCUUGAGAGUUUUAUGGAACACUAUCGCGACAGUAUGUUAACUAGAAAUAUCACGGAUUUAUCGUUUGUUGACGACAUUGCAAAAACAUUAAAUAUUAGUGAUACAGAAAUGACAUCGCAGCUAUCAGUGCACGAGUUGAAUAAUUACAGACAAAUAUAUCUCCCUGUGCAAGAUAUUGGUGUUUGUUCAGCUGAUCUUACUACUCCGAGUCAUCAUGCAAGUAUUUGGACAGGAUUUUACAUCACCUUUGUAUUUAUACUACCGUACAGUUUAUCGCUAGCCGGACUCUGUCUAGUAUACAUCCGAGGGUUUGGCUAUAAUUCCUGUGCUUCAAAGCGAGCUUCUGAUUUAGAUGUCUCUCAUACGAAUAUAACUUCUACCAUAUGUAUGGUAAACUGUAUAAUAAAUCUUAUAUAUUUCUUGACCAUCUUAUCGAAUAAAAAUGGAGCCCUGUUUAGUCAAACUACCGUUUUCUUGGUAACGUAUAUUAUUUCUUUGAAAACAUUGCCUCUUGUUGUUACUAUGAGACUUGGUCCGACCACGUGUAAAUGUUACUGUAUGUGUUGUAACGUGUGUAUAAAGAAACUGUUUAUCUGGAAAGCAGCUGGUGACAUGUCGAACGAGUUAAGUGAUUUAGAAAUGAGACAGUCAUUGACUGGAAAACAAAAACUGUCAAAAGUAUCAGCAUGAGUUUUCAGUUAUGAUAAUAUAUUACAAACAACCUUUAACUUCUUCUUUAUUGCACUUACAUGUACCAGCACGUGUGUCCAUUAAUAUUAUUGCAUCUGGCUCGUGAUAAAAGUAAUGUGACUUACUUUGUAUUAGAAUAUUUACAUGAAAUUAAAAUUGAUAUCGUAGGUUUCCUAGAGAAGAUAUCUUUAAAAAAUAUUUUAAGACUGAUUAUAUCUUCAUCAAACCUGUGUUGCUGAAAAUAGUAUAUUCAACAAAACCCUUAUUUUAAAAACACAGAUUUCAUGCAAAGUCUUAUUUUUCAUACAUUUACAAAAAUACAUUUAUUUGUCAAAAAUGUUAGAACUGAUUGAAUUUCUUGUACACUUUAGGUUUUCCUUUUUUUAUUAUGAUAACUAUUUCUUCUUUUUUUCUGACAAUUGUUUCAAAUGCGAUAACAGCAGGUGUUAAGUUUCAGAUUUUUGUGAAUUUUUACAUUUCAUCAUUUAUAUUUUUAAGGUUUGUUAAACUAAAUGUACAAUACCAUUGAAUAUGUCAUUGUAUAGAGAUAGGUGUUUAAUCAAAUAAAACGGUUUCAGUUUCA